AUGGCUAGAUUGGAGAUUGAAAAAGUUCAAGAUCAACUUAAUGAGCAAGCUACUGAUGAGCUAAUUGUGCAGGAAAAAGAGUUACUGAUCAAACUUGAAAAAUGGUCAAUGAUAGAAGAAAGUGCUUUGAGGCAGAAGGGUAAGAUGCUAUAUGAUCCACAUGAAAUUCAAGAUGAGUUUGUGUUGUUCUAUAAGAGCCUUAUGGGAACUUCAACAGUAACAGAACAAGAGAUUUAUGAUGGUUUAAAGUUCAUAGGGAAUGAUAAGGCACCAGGUAUAGAUGAUUAUAAUGCUUUCUUUUUAAGCAUACUUGGCAGAUCAUUAAAGGGGAUAUCAUUGAGUCUGUUCAGAGCUUUUUCACAACAGAGUAUCAUUUGUGAUAGCCAGGCAGGGUUUAUUUCAGGAAGAAAGAUUUUUGAUAAUAUAGUGCAUGCUCAUGAGCUGGUUAAAGCCUAUGAUCUUUUACAGUUUGCUAGAGGAGAUCUUGAGUCUGUUAAAGCUAUCCAACUGUGUUUCUCUCAAUUUUCUCAAGCUUCAGGGUUACAAGAUAAUCUCAAUAAAAGCUCAAUAUAUUGUGGAGGUGUUCAAAUGGAAUUGAGGCAGCAGAUUGUUCAGCAGCUAGGAUACAACAUGGAGGAACUUCCUUUCAAAUAUUUGGGAGUGCUAUUAUCAACCAAGAAAAUGUCAGUUCUGCAAUGGUAUCCUCUCAUUGAUAAAAUAAUGGCAAGAAUCAACUCAUGGAAAGCUAGGAAACUAUCUUAUGCAGGUAGAACUCAACUUGUGCAGACAGUGCAAUUUGGUGUCCAAUCUUAUUUGGCACAAUUAUUCAUCUUUCCAGCUAAGAUAAUCAAGUUAAUUGAGAGUUUGUGUAGAAGUUAUCUAUGGUCAGGAGUUGGACAUGUUACUAAGAAAGCUCUAAUAGCAUGGGAGAGAGUUUGCAGUCCAAAAAAUGAAGGAGGUAUUGGGCUGAUAAACAUGCAAGUGUGGAAUAGAGAAGCAAUAGGCAAGCUCUUUUGGGACUUAGCAAACAAAGAAGACAAGCUAUGGAUCAAAUGGAUUCAUGCAUAUUACUUAAAAGGGUAG